CAAACUUGACACAACACGGUGUAUGAAUUUUAUAAAUAUUGUUUUUCCGCCAUUUACAGCUAGAAUACUAAAUUGAAGUUUUAUUUGUUAGUAAGAUUGAGUUGUUUAAAAAAAAUUAUAAAGUUUAGCCAGAAAAAUAUUGUAAAGCCAUUAAGAUGGAUCAAAUGCUUCCAAGUCCAUAUAACAUACCAGGUAUUGGUACUCCCUUGCACCAACCUGAAGAAGAUCAACAGAUUUUACCAAAUGCUAUGCAACAGCAACAACAACAACAGCAACAACAACAGCAGCAGCAACAACAACAACAACAUUCCUUGGUAUCAAUGGGUUCAUCGCCGCUCGUGGGUUUUGGCGCCUCUAUAAUGGGCACACCUCAGAGAACGAUGCAUACGUAUGCUCCAACAGCCAGCUAUGCAACACCUCAACAGAUGAUGCAACCUCAAACACCGCAAAACUUAAUGUCUCCAUUGAUAACGGGUUCAAGUAUAGCCGGUCAACAGAUCCUAAACCAAAUGAGUCCUGCACCCAUGACACCUAUGACUCCACAUUCAGCAGAUCCUGGAAUAUUACCUCAGUUGCAAAAUAUAGUUUCCACAGUAAAUCUUAAUUGCAAAUUAGACCUUAAAAAGAUAGCCCUACAUGCCCGCAAUGCUGAAUAUAACCCCAAACGUUUUGCUGCCGUCAUUAUGAGGAUACGAGAACCAAGGACUACAGCAUUGAUAUUUUCUUCUGGCAAAAUGGUUUGCACCGGUGCCAAGAGUGAAGAAGAUUCCCGCCUUGCUGCAAGAAAAUAUGCCAGAAUUAUACAAAAGCUAGGAUUUACGGCAAAAUUUUUGGAUUUUAAAAUUCAAAACAUGGUUGGAAGUUGCGAUGUGAAAUUUCCAAUUCGUCUGGAAGGCUUAGUGCUAACACAUGGACAAUUUAGCUCUUACGAACCUGAACUCUUCCCUGGACUCAUCUACCGAAUGGUGAAACCUAGAAUAGUUUUACUGAUAUUUGUAUCAGGAAAAGUGGUACUAACAGGUGCAAAAGUUCGCCAAGAAAUAUAUGAAGCUUUUGAUAAUAUUUACCCAAUAUUGAAAAGUUUUAAGAAACAAUAAUAUAGACAUAGGUAUAACUAUAAUGUAGUUAUUUUACUUUUAUUAUAAAUUAUGAUUAAAUAUCGCAGUUGUACAUUUUUAGUUUCUAAUUUUAGGUAAAAUUGUAUCUUUAAGUAAACAAAAACUUGUGUUUCAAUAAAGUGUCUGUUUUUAUAUCA